AUGCGCAAUGCCAAGCGUCAGCUAGAGUGGGUCGUCGGCCCCUGUCCCAGCUCUGCUGCCUCCACCAGGAGGUGUCACUCCAUCUAUAAGGGCUUCGCUCAGUGUCUGAUGGCUCUGGGAGACAGCCUGACCGACAGUGCCCAGAAAGAUGAGGACACACAGGAGAUACACACCAUCUGCAAGUCCUGGGAUGAGUUUCAUGACUGUGCAAACGUGGCGAUGGCCUGGUGUCCGGAUGAGGCUUCUGCUGUCUGGGAGUCUUUGCGACAGGAGUCCAAGAAGAUGCAGUUUUCUGGAAACCUGUAUUACAUGUGCUCCAGUCGUAACCAACCAGCUACCAACGCUGAUGCCCUGAGCCCGUCCAACCAGGAAGAGAUUAACCAGGAGUCUCUUAAAGCACACGCCCACUGUCCAGGUCCUGCCUCCUUCUUCUUGCUCCCCUCAUGUCUGUCUUUUCUGCUGCUGUUGCCUAGCCUAUAG